AUGGACAAACAGUCAUAUCGGUUGUCUUCUAUGUGGAUCCAUCACAUGGUUGAUACCAAUGUGAGAGCUUUGCAAAAGCAUUUGUCAAACACGAAUCGAGGAUUGAGUCAGAGUCAGGCUGUAGGGGCGAAAGAAAGUUCUGUGAAAGAUAAGGAGGAGGGGAGGAACCUGCUGGCUCAGAGACUUAAGUUUAAGAAGGUUUUAGUUGUGCUUGAUGACAUAGAUCAUAGAGACCAAUUGGAUUACCUAGCAAAGGAACUUGUUUGGCUUGGCAAUUGUGGUAGGAUUAUUGCAACCACUAGAUACAAGCAUUUGAUUGGAGAAAAUUUAUGA